UCCUCUUCUUCUCACUGAUGUGCCUCACUGUGAAGGCUCAGCAAUCGAGUAAACUGAUAUGCCAUGUUGACUAUCCAGAAACAAUGAACUGCACAUGGACAGAAACAAGAAAAGACAGCAAUGUUACACUGGAAGUCCGUAGUUCUACAACGAAAGAAAUCAAGUAUCGAUGUACAAUGUCAAGACUGCAGCCUGCGUUGGAGGAAGGAAGACUUCAUGCUUAUUUUUGCACAAUGAAUAUCAGGACAUUUAUACAAACGUAUGAUCUAAUUGUUAAAACAAGCAGCCAAGCCAAUGUUUCUGUUGUCAGCGGCUUCAAGCCUAAUAAUCACAUCCAGCUGAAGGCACCUUACCACUUAACUGUGACAAAGAACUCCACUGCACAGAUUGUUAACAUCUCAUGGAAGAUUGAUGAUGGACGUUAUCUCCGAGAUUGUCUGGAAUAUGAACUGGAAUACUGGACCAAAGAGACAAGAGAGGAUGUAAAGGUGAAAAAGGUGGUGAACGAUAUCCGACAUUUGGUCAUUCAGACAUCUGAACUGGAGCCAGACUCGGAGUAUAGAGUUCGAGUUCGUGGAAAGCCCAGCACAAAAUAUCAGGGAACCUGGAGCAUGUGGAGUGCAGAACUAAAGUGGAAAACAGAUCCUGCUUCAAGUACGGCACAAAAAAGCAACCUGCUGCUUGUUGUGAUUGCUCCACUCCUGUUGGCGAUCGUCAUUUUCGUGUCCCUGUACUUCAAGCUGCCAUCGCGAGUUGUCGCUAAAGUGUGGGUUCAUAUUCCCAACCCAGCCUCCUACUUCCAGCCUCUCUACAAUCAGCACAAUGGAAACUUCAAGGAAUGGAUCCACAAAGAUCAUGCUGGUGACCGGUGGGGCGGUAGAGAGGAAUCAUGCCAAGAGCUAAGGAGGGUGAAGAAGCUGCCCGACAACACGGCUGCUACGGUCAUCCUGAACCCCUGGGACGAAGCUGUUUCUAACAUCUCCUGUCUGAAGCCCAUCCCAGUCAACCACAGCUUGCCCUUUGAUCUGGACACCAAAAGUAACCUUCAGACUGACCCUGGCAACCCCUUCCACCACACUCGGUUGCUGGAUUAUUGCAACACCGAGUCUGUGCUGCCUGGGUUUCUCCCCCUUAUGCUGCAGGAGGACAACUGGGCACUGUGCCAGGAACCAUCUCUGGGCCUCUUCCUGGACACUGUGCCACAGGAGGAGGAAGGAGGGUACAGCUACAGCGAUGAGUAUUGCACCCUGGGCCAUUCUGACACCAGCUGUGGCCUGGUCCCAGCAAAGAUCGGGCUCCAGGUCAAAGUAGCCAACAAGCGGCAGGACGAGAAGAGGGAAAUACUGGAGUACUUGCCCAUGGCUGACGGCGACAGCAUUCCAUUUUCAGAUUGCCCGGCAGCAUCCCAACAGUCACAGGAAGUCUGUGGUAGUGAAACCCCACUUCAGAGUCAGUCCCCAGCUGAACCCUCAGAGUCACCAUUAAACAGCGAGCGAUCUUUCCUCACACUCAGCACCCUUGUCAGACCUGCUGUGCUAUCCACCAGCUCCUCCCUGUGACCAUCACAGUUGCAAUGUCCUAUCAAGGUGAGGAGAGUCUGAGUGAUGUCCAACAUUGAUAGAGGAGGGACACCUGUCUGAUAACUGACUGGAAGGAGGAGAUUCUCCAGCUGCCGGGUGUGUCAUGAGAGCAUGUGAUGAGCAUUAUUGAGCAGCUAAUACAAAUAGCUCAGUAUACAAAUGUCAUUGUUGGCUAAUAAGCAAAAUUAGACCGCACGAUAUUGGUGUUAAAGAGAUGGUGUGAAUUGAUGAUUCGUGAAUGGACAGAAAAUAAGGGAAUAGAAUAAACAAGGGCUUUUGGGUUGGAAGUCUGUGAAUAGUGGAGUGGCACAAAGAUUGACACUGUCACCCUGGCUGUUCACAGUCCCUUUCAAUUGUUUAGAUGAGGGGUCAAAGCAUGAUGUAUCCAAUUUGUUGAUGAUGCAAAGCUGGACACCAAUGUGGGUAUGUGACAUCUUUCUCCAAUAGGAUCCCAGUGAGAAUAUAUCUGGGAUAUUACAUUUAUGAAAACUCCUCAGGGAUAAACGUGGCAUAAAGUGCAGUGAUGAAUGACUAGCUUGAUUCCUGGAGUGGCCAAUUUGUUGCUUGGGGAGAGAUUAAGUAAACGGGAUUUUGGAAAAUGAGAGGAGAUCCCAUUGAAGAGUACACAAUUCCUUUCCAGCUUGGCAGGGCAGGUGCAAGGAUAAUGGGUCUGAAACCAAAGACUGAACCACAAAUUAAGAAAUUUACCAUUAAGGACAGAGAUGUGAAGAAUAUUCUUCAGCAGAGAGUUUUGAAUCUUUGAUGCUCCCAAACAAUGUUGGCUGUGGGGAUUCAUUCACCGAAGGUACUUGGAUCAGAAUCUGGUAGUUGAGUUAUAUUAAGAGAGGGGUAUGGGGUUAAUGCAGGGAAGUGGUACUGAGUUAAAAGUACCAGACACCAGUGUAUUGAAUGAUGGGUCACGGAAGAGGGAAGAAUAUCUCUAAUUAGCUACAUCUAGAUUGAAUUGCUGGUAUUUGCAAGAUGAUAAUUUUGCUUUAAUGUCUGUAAACAAUAUAAAAUAUUGAUUGCUGCUAAUUGUUUAUCACUUAAUUACCAAUAAAGACAU